AUGUGUUUCAUUAAAGUCAGUCCCCCUCUGGGGGCCCCCGUGGAUUCUCUCUCGGUUGUUCGUCUAUGGUGGCCCCAGUGGGCUCCGGCGAAGGAGACUUCCGACUUCGGGCCCCCGCUGGUUUUCUCGUCGGGGGCCUCCAUCGGUUUCCUUAAAGGUAGUUCCCUGUUGGGGGACCUCUUCGUGUUUCAAAGAGAGAGCAAGAAACAGUGCAGACUGCACAUCGACGAGCUUGGGACAGUCCGGAAGCAAUUUGCAAUGAAGUACGGAGAUGUUUUCGUAGAAAGCGCUGUGAAGAACGCAAAACAAGAAGUGCAUUUUAAGCUCGUGCAUGCGCUUUCUCUCGCUCCUCCCCCGGAGUUCGACAUUCAACAACUCCUCUACGGGAUCGCAGAGGAGUAUUGUAUAUCGGACUGGAAACCGAGCAUACCCUUGGUCCGCCGCCUUGCGUCACAGUAA